AUGGCUGGUAAUUGCGUGAUAGAUUUCGAUCCAUAUAAAAUGUUGGACUUGAAACCAGAAUGCACGGAUACAGAAAUUGUGAAAGCAUUCAGGAAAGCUGCCCUGAAAUGGCAUCCCGACAAAAACCCUGAUCGUAAGCAAGCAGCGCAAGAGAUGUUCCUGAAGAUAUCUAAGGCUUUUGAAUUGUUAUCGGAUGCAGCUGCUCGAGCUGCUUACGACCAUGUGCUGGCUACUAGAACGGCACGUGCUGUUUAUGUACAGAGAAGACAGAAGAAUGAAAGCGAGAAACGACGGAAAUUACGUGAAGAGCUUGAAAGGCGCGAAGCAAAUGUAUUAAAUGUUCAGCAAGAUGAAGAAAAGGCCAGAAAAGAGCUUGAAAAGGAGAUUCAGCGUCUGCGAAAAGAGGGUUCAAAACUAUUACAGCGUGAAAGAGAAAAUAUCGAACGAGAAAUUUGUAAAAAUGCGGCUAUGGAAGAGCAGAGCGGUGAUAAGCGUAAUCUUUUAAUGCCACGGCUGCUAGCCCGAUACAAAGUAAGAUGGGGACGGGAAGGUGAUCGAUGUGAUUAUGAUGGAGAUGAUCUUAGAAAAUUAUUCUCUAAGUAUGGACACGUUUCUGAUAUAAUUUCAAGCGGUAACAAAGGCAUGGCAAUUUUGGAGUUUGACGAAUUAUUGGACAUAGAUGGAGUUGAAAAGGAAAUUGGAAAACCAGAUGUGCCGAUUACUGUGACAUGUUUGCUAAAACCACCUACUUUCAAGACACAGUCAAAUAGAUCAACAGAACGACCGAUGACAUCAGUUGAAUUCGCCGAUUUUGAAUCUGAAGUUCUAGCGACGAUGAUGGCCGGGUCGAAGCGGAAAGCUAAUGAUGGAGAAAGCAAGUUUGAUAACCUAUGA